GGCCGGAGCGGCGGGCGCGGCGCGGCGCCGAGCGUCCUGUCAGGCGGCCGAGGGCGCCGCGGACCCGCGCCGAGAUGAUGCCGAUGAUAUUAACCGUGUUCUUGAGCAACAACGAACAGAUUCUGACAGAAGUUCCUAUAACACCAGAAACAACAUGUCGAGAUGUUGUAGAAUUUUGCAAGGAACCUGGAGAAGGCAGUUGCCAUUUAGCUGAAGUGUGGAGGGGAAAUGAGCGUCCCAUACCCUUUGAUCACAUGAUGUAUGAACAUCUUCAGAAGUGGGGGCCACGCAGGGAAGAAGUGAAAUUUUUCCUUCGACAUGAAGAUUCCCCAACUGAGAGCAGUGAGCAAGGUGGCCGUCAGACCCAAGAGCAGAGAACUCAGAGGAAUGUGAUAAAUGUACCUGCAGAGAAACGCACAGAAAAUGGCGUUGGAAAUCCACGUGUAGAACUUACCCUCUCCGAGCUCCAGGAUAUGGCAGCUAGGCAGCAACAGCAAAUUGAAAAUCAGCAGCAAAUGUUGGUUGCCAAGGAGCAGCGUUUACAUUUCCUAAAGCAGCAGGAACGCCGCCAGCAGCAGUCUAUUUCUGAGAAUGAGAAGCUUCAGAAAUUGAAAGAACGAGUUGAAGCCCAGGAAAAUAAGCUGAAGAAAAUUCGUGCCAUGAGAGGACAAGUAGACUACAGCAAAAUUAUGAACGGCAAUCUGUCUGCUGAAAUAGAAAGGUUCAGCGCCAUGUUCCAGGAAAAGAAGCAAGAAGUACAGACGGCGAUUUUACGAGUUGAUCAGCUCAGUCAGCAACUGGAAGAUUUAAAGAGAGGCAAGCUGAGCGGGCUCCAGUCGUACAGCGGCAAGUUGGCGGGACCGGCAGCGGCAGAGUUGAAGAGACUGUGCCAAGAGCUACAGAUUCGUAACCAGCUUAACCAGGAACAGACUUCAAAGCUCCAGCAGCAGAAGGAACUCUUGAAUAAACGCAACAUGGAGGUGGCCGUGAUGGACAAGCGGAUCAAUGAGCUGCGUGAACGUCUCUAUGGGAAGAAAAUUCAGCUAAGCCGUGUGAAUGGCACGUCGUCCCCGCAGUCGCCGCUGAGCACCCCUGGCAGGGUUGCUGCAGUGGGGCCUUACAUCCAGGUGCCCAGUGCCGGCAGCUACUCUGUCCCAGGGGACCCCAUAAAGCCCCAGUCUCUUACUAUUGCCUCGAGUGCUGCCCAUGGAAGAUCCAAAUCUGCCAAUGAUGGAAACUGGCCGACAUUGAAACAAAAUUCCAGCUCUUCAGUGAAGCCCACCGGUGUGGACUGGAAGGACUCAAGCAUGGAGGGUCCUCUCAAGCAGGGGACCGUCUCCAGCCAGCCGACGCCCUUGUCAACUUUAGGAGCCACGGAGAAGCUGGGCGUGGAGAUGGGUAAAGUGCCACCCCCUAUCCCUGGUGUCGGCAAGCAGCUGCCUCCGAGCUACGGCACGUACCCAAGUCCUGCGCCUGCGGGCCCGGGCUCCACAAACUCCCUGGAGAGGAGGAAGGAAGGCAGCUUGCCCAGGCCCAGCGCCGGCCUGCCCAGUCGGCAGAAACCCACCCCGCUGCCCCCCGCGGCCAGCAGCCACCCGCCAGGUUCCUCACAGCAGAUUCAGCAGAGGAUAUCUGUGCCGCCAAGUCCCACGUACCCGCCAGCAGGGCCACCUGCAUUCCCAGCUGGAGACAGCAAACCCGAACUCCCGCUCACUGUGGCCAUUAGGCCCUUUCUGGCUGAUAAAGGGUCAAGGCCACAGUCCCCCAGGAAAGGACCCCAGACAGUGAAUUCAAGUUCUAUAUACUCCAUGUACCUCCAGCAAGCCGCACCUCCUAAGAAUUACCAGCCAGCAGUGCACAGCACCUUAAAUAAGUCUGUUAAAGCAGUGUACGGCAAACCCGUGUUGCCCUCCGGCUCAACGUCCCCGUCGCCGCUGCCAUUUCUUCACGGGGCGCUGGCCCCAAGCACGUUGCAGCCCCAGCCACCUUCAGAAAGCACCGAGAAAGAGCCCGAGCAGGACAGCCCGGCCCCCCCCGGAGACGGCACCGGCACAGGCACCGUGGAGAGCCUGCCGCGGCCGCUCAGCCCCACCAAGCUCACACCCAUCGUGCACUCGCCACUGCGCUACCAGAGUGACGCCGACCUGGAGGCCCUGCGCCGGAAGCUGGCCAACGCACCGCGGCCCCUGAAGAAGCGCAGCUCCAUCACGGAGCCCGAGGGCCCCGGCGGGCCCAACAUCCAGAAGCUGCUCUACCAGCGCUUCAACACCCUGGCGGGGGGCAUGGAGGGCACCCCUUUCUACCAGCCCAGCCCCUCGCAGGACUUCAUGGGCACACUGGCUGACAUGGACAAUGGAAACACCACCAACGGGAACCUGGGAGAGGCCAGCCCUGCCCAGCCCACGGCCCCGCUCCCCACUGAGCCUGCCCCAUCUUCGGACGCCAAUGACAACGAGCUCCCUUCCCCUGAACCAGAGGGCCUCACCUGUCCCCAGAGCACCCACCAAACGGCUGAGCCUGCCGAGGAUGACAACAACAACGUGGCCACAGCCCCAUCCACAGAGCAGGUCCCCAGCCCUGGGGCCGAGGCCCCCUCACCAGGGGAAGACCAAGCUCCCCCAGCACUGCCCCCCGCUGUGCCCCCACCAGGAGCCUCUACGAGCAAACGGACCAACCUAAAGAAACCGAACUCAGAGAGGACGGGACAUGGGUUGAGAGUCCGAUUCAAUCCCCUGGCACUGCUCCUAGACGCUUCUCUGGAAGGGGAGUUCGACCUGGUGCAAAGGAUCAUCUAUGAGGUGGAAGACCCUAGCAAGCCCAAUGACGAAGGGAUCACCCCCCUACACAACGCCGUCUGCGCCGGCCACCACCACAUCGUGAAGUUCCUGCUGGACUUCGGGGUCAAUGUGAACGCCGCUGACAGCGACGGCUGGACACCGCUGCACUGCGCCGCCUCUUGCAACAGUGUCCACCUCUGCAAACAGCUGGUGGAGAGCGGCGCCGCCAUUUUUGCCUCCACCAUCAGUGACAUUGAAACUGCGGCGGACAAGUGUGAGGAGAUGGAGGAAGGCUACAUCCAGUGCUCCCAGUUCCUAUAUGGGGUGCAGGAGAAGCUGGGCGUGAUGAACAAAGGAGUGGUGUACGCUCUGUGGGGCUAUGAGGCCCAGAACAGCGAUGAGCUGUCUUUCCAUGAAGGGGAUGCCAUCAGCAUCCUGCGGCGCAAGGACGAGAGUGAGACCGAGUGGUGGUGGGCUCGCCUUGGGGACCGGGAGGGCUACGUGCCCAAGAACCUGCUGGGGUUGUACCCACGGAUCAAACCCCGACAGCGAACGCUAGCCUGAUCUUCCCUUUGGAGCACUGCACGGGCUUGCCAGCCGAGGAGCCACCAGAGAGACCGCUCUGCUGUUUCUCCAGGAAAGCUGAAGCUAGACAUGGUUUAUUAUGGUGCUCACUUCAGCAGACAGCAUCCACAAUGUGAAAUUCCUGCAGUUUCUAGGUGAGGCCCUUUCUUCAGUUUGCCCAUAACUGGGAGAGGUACUUUUGCCUCCAAGAAGACUGAAUUUUGCCAAUUACUGUAAAUCCAAAUAAAUAUCCAGCUUUCUAAACAAUUGUCCCUGUUGCCAAUAAGAAUCCCUAGAAUUUUCCUGGUUGGUUGCCAGUGAAGACGAACGCUCUUACUGACUUGGCCCCAAGGCCGUCCCUCGUUCUCGAUGUCACCCCCACCCCAACACUGAAAACUUGCAAUCGCAGUCAGGUGUGCCCCCGGCUCGAGCCCGCUUUGUCACUGGAAGUCCUGGCACCCCACCGCCCUUCCUACUCUUACCACAUGCAUCUCUUCCUUCCCCUACCAAAGGGGCCUCCAUAUGGAAACUUCUAUCAGUGGUGGUGCU